AGUAGUGGAAGUAGUCAUGAAUAGGAUGGUGGUUGUGCAAGUAAUUGCACUACCAAAGAAUAUAAUCGAAGGAAUUAGUUAAUAGUGCACCUGUAAUUGUUUAUAAUGUCUAUGUUAAAACAUUACCGGCUUUUUUUCAAUGUUAGACCAGUUCUACAUUGCAAUUAUUUAAGCCAGACUGCUGACGACAAAAAAGACAGGAUAGGAGGUUAUGCUAAGGCUUUUGAGAAAUUUGAACAAAAUAUACGAAAACCUAGUAAUCAACAAGAGAAAAUGACUUUUUCUGCUCUGCUUAGAAAUUCAAAGUUUAUAGAUUUAGGAGAUCCCGAAGGAAAAAUUGCACAAGGUAAAAUAUUUCAUGUCGUUGAGGAUGAUUUGUACAUAGAUUUUGGUUGGAAAUUUCACUGUGUUUGUCCACGACCGAAAAAACAAGCAGAGAAAUACAUAAGAGGGGCAAAAGUAAAGAUUUUAAUAAAAGACCUUGAACUAUCGUCACGUUUUUUGGGAUAUAAAAAGGAUUUAACUCUGUUGGAAGCAGAUUGCCACUUGAUAGGCCUUAUAGAAAGCAAACAUCAGGACAAACAUCAAAGCAGCAAUUGAAUAUAAUUAAGAAAUGAAAGAACUUUGUAGUUAGUUAUUUUUUAUUAAAAAAAUACAAUCUUA